AUGGCAGCAAUUCAACCAAAGAUCAAUGGACAUGUCAAAGAUAAGUGCUUGGUAUUUCAUCUUAAGUUGAAACCCAAGAACCAUAGGAAAAACCAAGGAAGGAAUGACAAGAAGGCCACACUUACAGUGCAACAGGUUGAAGAGCUUUCAGAGUUGAAGCAACCUAACACUACACUUGCCUUAAUGACAAUGCCAACAACUGUUGCAGAUACAUACAACCGUGGAAAAUUAUUUCAUUUGAAUAUCCAGGUGAAGCAAAGUGUUGUACAGACGAUUGUUGAUCCUGUAAGUCAAAAGAAUCUAAUUUCAGAGGCUCUAGUAAGAAAGGCAGGACCACAAGAUCAAUGUGCACAUUAUGUCACUUUGUCAUUAGUAACUCUAACACCUUCACAAAAUUCUGACAUUAGAAAAUUGCAGAAGGAAAUUUUUGAUCUUUUUGAGAAUGUACAGGGACUACCACCACAGAGAGCUAUAGAACAUGAAAUUCAGUUGGUAAGAGAUUCUCCUCUACCAAACUUGGGUUUAUAUCGCACAUCUUUGAAAGAGAGUGAAGAAAUCAAGAAGCAAGUACAAGGACUUCUUGAACAAGGGGUUAUAAAGCCUAGCUGCUCACCAUGUUGUUCACUGGUACUCCUUGAACCAAAGAAGGAUGGAGGAUGGCGUAUGUGUGUUGACUACAGAGGAAUUAAUAGGAUUAACAAUAAGAAUCAAUAUCCUUUACCAAGGAUUGAUGUUCUCUUAGAUCAGUUGGAUGGUGGUCAUUACUUCACCAAACUCGAUCUCAAAUCGUGA